AGCCCCGGAAGGCGCCGCCCACCCCCGGAAGGCGCGGGCACUGGGCUUCCAGAGGCGGCCCCAUUUCCCUGUAGGCGCUCUCCUCAACCUCCAGAGAUGCCAGGCACUUCCUCCCCCACUGUCGCUCCCGCUGGCCACGACAGCAGCAGCAUGGCCGGUGCUGAGUUGCGGGCAGCGCUGGAGCAGAGGCUCGACGCCCUCGCCAUCCGCACGGAGGUCGUGGAGCACCCGGAGGUGUUUACAGUUGAAGAAAUGAUGCCUCAUGUCCAACAUUUGAAAGGAGCACAUAGUAAGAACUUAUUUCUUAAAGACAAAAAGAAAAAAGGCUAUUGGCUGGUGACAGUUCUUCAUGAUAGACAAGUUAAUUUAAAUGAUCUUGCCAAGCAGUUAGGUGUCGGGAGUGGAAAUCUGCGGUUUGCUGAUGAAACAGCCAUGCUAGAGAAGCUGAAAGUUGGCUCAGGCUGUGCCACACCCUUGGCACUAUUCUGUGAUGAUGGAGAUGUGAAAUUUGUUCUGGAUUCUGCUUUUUUGGACGGUGGACAUGAAAGGGUAUACUUUCAUCCAAUGACCAAUGCUGCAACCAUGGGGUUGAGCCCUGAAGACUUUCUUACAUUUGUGAAGAAGACAGGACAUGAUCCCAUAAUACUGGAUUUUGAUAAAAACUAAUUGGGCUAAUGUUUAGAAUACAUUUACAUCUGAAAGCUGUUUUUCUUAUUUCUAAUUUGUAAAAAGCAUUAGAAGUUAAUAAGAAUAUUUAGCACCUUG